CGACUGUCCUGGUACUUGUAGUCUUACAUCGGGUCCUGACUGCAGCUUCUGAAAGCGAAUGCCUUGCUUGGGGAGGGGGAGGGAGCCCGCUUUUGCCGCAAGAAGAAAUGCGGUAUAUCCCCGCUAACGUCACGCAGUGUUUUCCCCCUUUCCGGGGGGUUUGUUGUGGGCAGUCAGCUGUUGAACAGGCGGGGCGGAUGACGGAGCUGAGGCUGCGCUGACAUCGGGCUGGUGGCGGCGGAGGGUGGCGGCAGAGGAGUGUGUGAUGAAGUAUCCUCUCGCUGAGCACGUACUGACACACAGAGCCAGCGAAGGAGUCCCGCUCUGCCAUGUCCCCCGGCCGGGCCUGCCCACGUGCUGAACGCCCCUUUACCCGUUACAUGGCCCGCGACCUGUGAGCUCCUCUUGGAACAGACCACAGCCACCCCCACUCCACCUUCUCGGAACAGUCCGUCUCCUCCCGCCACCCAUCGCCUGGGUGUCCGUCCGGGUCAGCGGUCUCUCCGCGGGACCAUGAAGAGACCCAAGCAGCGACAGCACUUCAGCUUCCUGCGCUUCUUCGGACGCAAGGCACAGGCCGAGGCCCGGGCCGAGGACGCUGGGGCCACAGACGGCCGGGAGGAAAUCGCCAUCACGCUGACACCCAGCAAGGGCACGGAGCAGGAGCAGGGCGAUGCCGAAGGAGGAGAGACAGUCGCAGUGGGAGGUGAGGAAGAGGAGGGCCCGGAGCAGAGCAACGGCGAAGGCGACGGCAGUUCAAUGAGGGUCCUCUCCUCUUCCACCUCCAGCCAGGAGCAGCCCCUGGACUGUCUGGAGUGUCCGCUGUGCCUUCUCGUCCAGCCUCGUGGCCGCUUCCCGCGUCUUUCGGCCUGCCCUCACCGCUGCUGCCUGGACUGCCUGCGCCAGUACCUGCGUGUAGAGAUCUCCGAGAGCCGCGUGCGUGUGGCCUGCCCUCAGUGUCCCGAGCUGCUGGCUCCCCCCGACAUCCACGCCAUCCUGGACGACCCUGUCCUACUGGAGCGAUUCCAGGACUACCAGCUCCGUCGUUUCCUGGCCGCUGAUCCCGACACACGCUGGUGUCCUGCGCCGGAUUGCAGCUACGCGGUGAUCGCCUACGGCUGUGCCGAAUGCCCCCGGCUUCGCUGCGGUCGGGAAGGCUGCGACACGGAGUUCUGCUACCACUGUCGGCAGCUGUGGCACCCGGACCAGACCUGCGACCAGGCCCGGCGCCAGCGAUCCCGUCACGCCUCCAGCAACAACGAUGCUUCCACUCUGUUCGUCUUUAAUGAGGAGCCAUGUGGCGAUGUGGAGGAAAUCAAGGCAUGUCCCCGCUGUGGUGCCUACAUCAUGAAGACCAACGACGGCAGCUGUAACCGCAUGAACUGCAGUGUCUGCGCCUGCCAGUUCUGCUGGCUGUGCAUGCAGGAGAUCACUGACGUGCACUACCUCAGUCCCUCAGGCUGCACCUUCUGGGGGAAGAAGCCCUGGUCCCAGACCCGGAAAGUGGUGUGGCAAGUGGGAAUGCUGCUGGGGGCCCCUGUGGUUAUCUCCCUCAUCGCUGGCAUCGCCAUCCCAGUCAUUAUCAUCGGGAUUCCCAUCUACAUGGGACGCAAGGUCCACAGUCGAUGCAAGAAAAACAAUAUCUCAGGAAGUAAACACUAUCUGACAGUAGCCAGCGGGGUCAUGAUGUCCGUCUUUGUCUCCCCUGUUAUAGCUGCUGUCACUCUUGGCGUGGGCGUUCCGUUGAUGAUGACAUACGUAUACGGUGUGGUUCCCAUGUCCCUCUGCCGAAACGGCUGGUGCAGGAACCAGAAGGAGCAAGCUGAACCACACAAGAUACAGCCAGAGGAUCUACUCAACUUUGGUGAACACUGGACUGGUCAGGCGAGUCAGGCAGCCAGAGAUGCCAGUGGACGUGUCCUGGACCUUCUCCCCAGCACCAGCAGCGGCCGACCUGACCUCGAAGGAGGUGGAGAGCGAGACGGGUCCACCUGCACUGUGGCCAUGGAAACCGAUAUGAGCCUUGAAACAGGGAACACAUCCCUUCGGGAGGGAACCAACAUCGAGGUCCGGGUGGAAAUCGAGACGCACCCCCAUGCGGCCAGCUUCAACAGCAUCUCAUCCAGCCGGAGUCCAUCGGCGGAGUCGUUAGCGUGCUCGCGGGAGCAGCUGUGCGUCGGUGGCCCAGCCAUCCACGAGUGCCUGUCAGGCCACGAGGCUGACUAAACGCCGACCCCUACCCCUGGCGGCCCCCCCCCCCCCCCAGCACGUCCCCACGGCCGCAAGGGCCCCGCCAAGCUUCAGCCCAGCACACCCUGGCUGCCUGUUCCAGAGCAGAAAGCUCCUGAAGCCUGGGGAUGGAGCGAGGGAGGAUGUGAGAGGAUGAAUAGGGGGGAGUGAGGGUCAGCUAGGGUAAGAGAGCGAUUUUGGAGGGGGGGGCAGACUGAGAGCUCCUCCCUCAGCAUGCAGCAGUCAGUAAGGGCAUCGAGACAACAGGAUACACAGGAAGUACAUAAAAAUCUGCACUAUGACAGAAUAACAAGGAGAGAAGGGAACCAGAGACAAGAACAAGACCUUUACUGAAUAGCUUCUAUGAUUCAUAGCUUUUUUCCUUUCAAUUAUUACUAUUCCUUCUGGUAUUUUGCCUCAUUUAGUGUUUGCUUAUUAACAAUUUUUAUCUGAAGAAUCUAAAAACAAGGGACAAUGAAAGGACUGUGAAAAACAUGUGUCUGCCACACGAAUACAAAGCAACUCUGUCUUACUAAGAUGUACUACAACCAUUGCUGACAGUUAGUGAUGAUGGGGCG